GAUCUUCCCAUACAUCAAUUUACACAGAGCUGGUCGGGCGGUAGGGAGAGAGAAAAUAAAUUGCACGGACCCAAAACAGAUGAAGAAAUAGCAUCGCUGCAGACUGUGUGGCAAAAUAAUAUUUCAUCGAAGCAGCAGCAGUAACUAAAUAAAUUAGUCAAGACGAGAAUGCUUAUAAGUUUACGCCGGAAUUUUCAAGCAACAUAUAAUGCUGCCGUGGAAAAAAAAUAAAUUCGACCUGAUCGAAGAAGACAAGCGGUCAAAGCCGAAGGGAUAUGCGGCGAGUCUCAACUACUCUGCACUCACGUCUUUUGCAAAGUCCUGCCCGGAAAGCGCUCUCAGCAGGGUCGGCAGCAUGUUCAAAUCCAAGAGGAAAAAAGUGAAUAUCACCAACGAGGACCCCACUUACACGGUGCUGUACCUGGGCAACGCCACCACUAUCCAGUCCAAGGGAGACGGCUGCACGGACGUGGCAGUGAGCAAGAUCUGGAACAAAAGCGAAAUGGGCAAAAACGGCACCAAGAUGAAACUUACCAUCAGCUCCCACGGGAUUCGCAUGGUGCAUGUGGAUGACAAAGUCCGCAGACCAGGUCACCUGUACCUGCUGCACCGGAUAACCUACUGCGUUGCGGACCAAAGGCUACCCAAGAUUUUCGCCUGGGUUUACAGGCACGAGAUGAAGCACAAAGCUGUCAUGCUGCGGUGCCACGCCGUGCUCGUCUCCAAGCCAGAGAAAGCUAAAGCCAUGGCUCUUUUGUUGUACCAGACUUCGGCUACAGCCCUGGCGGAGUUUAAGAGGGUUAAGCGCAGGGACGAUGCGCGGCACCAGCAACAGCAGCUGAUAGGCGAGCAGACAAUCCCCCUGGUCCCCCUCAGGAAGCUCUUAAACGGACAGAGCUGUUACAAACCUCCCGUGGAGCGCAGCCGGAGCGCACCGAAACUGGGCUCCAUCACUGAGGACCUUCUCGGGGAGGAGGAAGAGGAAAAGGCGAAACAGUUCGAGUGCGAGGACAUUUUGGAUACAGAUGACUACUGCUUGGGCAAUGAUAAGCAAGAACUUUCUCAGAUAAUCAGCGACCUGGGUGAAAUGUGCAUUGGUAACGACGUCCAGACUCUGAGAUCGGACCUGAGAGUCACCCGGUUACUGUCCGGGGAAAGCACGGGGAGCGAAUCUUCUGUAGACAGUAACCAGGAUCCGAAUUCACUUUGCAACGGCUUCGAGGAAGUCAAAGAGCAAGAGGCAGCAUGAUUUAUUGUUAUUAUUAUAUUGUUUUAUUUGCAUUUAAGUGUUUUUGUCCAUGCUGAUAAUAACAAAAACUGCUCCAUUCCAACCAUUCUUUUUUUUAUCCCUUGUGUUUUUUUUUUUUUUUUUUUUUUAAGUAGCGUAUUUAUAAUGUGCAUUCUGAACUGACUUGGACGCUACUUCUGCAAGACAGAAGGGUGUCCUUCCGGUGACUUUAAGUGUUGAUGGAGGAGUACUUCGAGCUACUUUUAUGAACGCGGACACACACGUAUCCUCAUCUUAAUGGACGAAAAGACCCGUUGUGAACUUGUGAAUGUACAGUGUUUACCUAGAGAUGUGCCAAAUUAAUUAAAUAACUCUGCCUUGGGGUGGGACACGUGCAGUUCCAUGUUUCUUAAAUAUUCACACAACAAAACGCGAUUACUAGCGUAUUUAAUCAGGACAUUCCAUUUUCUAUAUUAUUAUUAUUGUUGUUAUUGUAACUGUUGUGAAGUUUGUUUGAAUGUUUUAUUUUUUGUAAUUUUGUAAAUAGUAUUGACCCAUUGUCCCUCGCCAUAAAUGUUCUUAUAAACAUGCAUGUUAUAUCUUUGCUGUGCAAAAGGAAAAACGUACCUUAAAGUAUUCCAGUUGUAUAUAGUAAAUGUGCAUAAAAAUGUUAUUUUUUAAAUAGAUGUUUACUGUGAGCUCACAAAUACCUAUAAAUAAAAAAAGAUACAUGAAA